AUGUUAUUUAAACUUAUUAUAUGGACAUCAUUUUUGGUGAUAUGGCAGCAAAGCCAAGUUGUUGUGGCCAAACAAAGAAAAAAUGUCGUCUGCUAUCACGGCACGUGGUCAACAUACCGUCAAGGCGCGGGUAAAUUUGAUAUCGAAUCCAUCGAUCCAUUUCUCUGUACCCAUUUGAUGUAUGCCUUUUUCGGGAUUGAAGAGAGCGGUGAUUUGCGUAUCAUUGAUCCCUAUUUGGAUUUGGAAGAUAAUUACGGACGGGGGAAUAUACGAAAAUUCAAUGCACUUAAAUUGAAAAAUCCAACGCUGAAAACAUUAGCAGCGGUGGGUGGUUGGAAUGAAGGAUCAAAGAAAUUUUCCAUAGUUGCGGCCGAUCCAGCAAAGCGUGAGAAAUUUGUUUCGUCGGUUGUGCAAUUUUUACAAAAAUACGGUUUUGAUGGUAUCGAUUUGGAUUGGGAAUAUCCGGGACAGAGGCAUAAAUUGCAAAAUAAUGAUCGUGCGAAUUUCCUGCUGCUGCUGAGGGAGUUGAAAGAGGGUUUGGAACCCUUUGGCUAUAUGUUAACCGCUGCUGUGGGCUCUAUUAAACAUUCGGCUGAUAUCUCUUAUGAUAUUCCAGAAAUGAUGAAAUAUUUAGAUUUUGUCAAUGUCAUGGCUUAUGAUUUACAUGGACCCUGGGCUCCUGUGGUGGGUAUUAAUGCUCCAUUGUAUGCCGGUCCGCAAGAUACCACCGAAAUUGCGAAACAAAUGAAUGUGGAUGCUAUUGUUAAGUACUGGUUGAGUAAAGGUGCGGUGCGUGAAAAAUUCAUUUUAGGUGUACCAUUCUAUGGGCGCUCUUUCACGUUGGAAAAUUCGAAUAACCAUAAUGUGGGUGCGCCGCAUAUCGGUCGUGGCAUUGCCGGUCAAUAUUCUCUGGAACCUGGUGUAAUUGGCUACAAUGAAUUUUGUGAAAAAUUACAAACGGAAAAAUCCAUAUGGAAUUUAGAAUGGGAAGCGGAUCAGAAAGUACCCUAUGCUUACAGUGAUCGUAAUUGGCUGGGUUAUGAAAAUGAAAAAAGCUUAGCUCUGAAGGCAUACUAUGUGGUCAAAGAAGAGUUGGGUGGCGUUAUGGUGUGGUCCCUGGAAUCGGAUGAUUUUCGUGGUGUCUGUGGUAAAAAACCAUACCCUCUAUUGAAUGUCAUCAAUGAUGUGCUGAAUGGUGGUGUUUAUCGGCCAACAAAGUCGCCAAAUGAAACGCCGAAGAAACCUGAGUUGUCCAAGAAACCUGAGACACCUAAGCAACCCGAGGCAAAUAAUAAUGUGACAGGUGGCAAUGGACAAUCCAACAUGAAUUCUGUGGCAAAUAGUGGUGGUGUCGCCCAAUGUCAAGGCAAAUCGGGUUAUAUUCGUGAUGCUGUAGAUUGUGGCAAAUUUUACUACUGUGACAAUGGUAUUGCCCACAGUUUCCAGUGCCCACCCACAUUGUAUUUCGAUUUGAAUAAUUUAAAUUGUAAUUAUUCCGCUAUGGUGGAAUGUUGA